CCCAAUUGUCAGCCUCCCUGCUUCCCUGGAAGCUUGGUUUUCAUCCCUCUCCGCAGUUGCGCCGUGUUUUUUCCCUUCCAUUGAGUUCCGGUCGGUGUAACGCUGCCUACGAAGUGACCUGCGUAUCCCUUCACAUCGAUCGGCGCCGGCGCCCCAUUCUUCAGCGACUGUCGUGAUGGCGUCGAAUCUCCCCAUCCCUAUCCCUCCGCGUACCCCGACUCCGCCCGCGGAUGACGGCCCUACCAGCGCGUUUGAGCCAUCCUCAACCCUUUACGACAAGGACUCGCUAUCCCCAUUGAGGGAUACCUUUACUCCCUCCAGGAGUACAUUAGAUGUCAAUGAUCCCACUCGCCUGAGCCCGACGCGGGCUGCCUUCAAUCUCAGUCCAGCCAGUGCUCGAUCACCAGGCGAUCAGAGCGACAAUGUCUCGUCCGCCGGCCCCUUCAAUUUCCAGACAACCACUAUGGCCAAGAGCCCCGUUGUCAAGUCUAACAUCGGACAGCGGCGCGGACAUAAGUACAAGCACAGUAGUAUAUCGCAUCAGAUCUUCCUCGAGCCACCACCUCGGGCCCCGCUAGCAUUGCCGAACUCUCUACCUAUUCCCACGUUCAAGGAAUACCGAUCGAGCAUGUCUAAGGACCAGACGACCCGUUUCUGGUGGAGCCUAUGUCAUAUGUCCGUCGCGGCGUAUACUUUGUGGAGCGCGCAUGGCUCGCUAGCUAUGACGGCGUUGUCGCAUCUGAUCUCAUUCGACUCCAUCGGGGCUCUCCUCUGCGUCGCGGUGGAUAUCCUAGGCAAUUUCGAGGUGUGGAAGCGAUCUAGCGUGCGCCAUCCCUUCGGGCUCGAACGAGCCGAGGUACUCGCCGGGUUCGCCAUGUGCGUGCUCCUGCUCUUCAUGGGCAUGGACCUGAUCUCGCACAAUCUGCAGCAUUUCCUCGAGUCCGCCGGCCACGAGCCGCACCACUCCCACGUGCACGAACGCGUAUCGCUGGGACGAGUGGAUUUCACGGCGCUGCUCGCCAUCGUGUCUACGCUCGUCUCGGCGAUUGGCCUCAAGAACCACGGCCGCAUUGGCAAGGCGAUGCGGUUUGGGUAUAUCGAAUCGCUGCCGUCGGUUCUCAGCAACCCCUCGCACUUCCUGACGCUCUCCUGCUCGUCCCUCCUGUUGCUGCUGCCGCUCGUCUCCAUCAAGCUGUACAAAUGGCUCGACGUGCUUUUGUCCGGCACCAUCUCUAUCUCGAUGUGCAUCAUCGGCGUGCGCCUGGUCAAAACCCUGGGGUCGAUGCUGCUGAUGUCGUACUCGGGGCAGGGCGUCACCGACGUGAUGCGCGACAUCGAAACGGAUCCCUGUGUGCGUGGGGUCGACGAUGCCCGAUUCUGGCAGGUGCACUACGGCCUGUGCAUGGCGAAUCUGAAGCUUCGCGUGUCGGGCCCGGAGGAGAAUCUGGCGCGGCUGCGUGAGCGGAUCACCAGUCUGAUCAAGAAUCGGCUGGGUGGGGGGUAUGGGACUGGAGGACAGAAGUGGGAGGUGUCGUUGCAGUUUGCGGUUGAGAAGGCGUGAUAUGUGUAUUUGAUAUGAUGUAUAUUAUGGACUGGACAUAAUUUGUUUUCUCUACUGGAAAUACAACCAUUUUCGGUUUGGUCUAUAUAGGGAUACCUAGG